GGCAAGCAGAUGUGGUCCCCCAAGGGUAACGUGGUACCAUUGAAGUCUAGGUCGGCUGCAGUGCUAGUUGGUCAGGUGCGCUGACUAAUCUACUAAACUGACCAGGCAAGGACCACGCUUGGGGUUGAGCUGUAACUGUCCAGGUAGUCAAUGCGAAAACGGAACAUACAGUAUGGGUUUUUAAGGACUGGAGGGACCGUGGAUUUAACCGAAUAGACGACCAAUAGCCUAUAAUCGUGGCUUUUUGUGGGUCGUUAACGCACAACUGUCCAUUGACAGAACACACGGAUCACAUUUAUCACGGGUCGAUUUGCAAGCGGCUAAGGAAGGCGUCAGACAGUGGCAGAAGCUACAAGAGUGGAUACCAUUUGUAGUUACUGUAUGCUCCGGGGAUGAACGAUAUUUGCUCUCUGCUGGCGGUGUUGGCUCAACAGAUUCUGAGCAUUUCACUGAACAGGCUGCCAAUUUUUCCGUGAAAGUGACAAUACAGUUGCUGCUUGUAAUCCACUUGCUGCAUUCUGAUUAGCACCCUUAUGUCGGAGGCCGGAGAGAUGGGCCGCAAGCUGGACUUGUCGGGGCUGUCGGAGGCGGAGGCUCAGCACGUGCUGCAGGUGGUGCAGAGGGACAUGAAGCUGAGGGAGAAGGAGGAGGCGCGCCUCAGUGAGAUGAAGCAGGAGCUGGACGCGGAGGGCAGCCGGUGCACGCUGCUGUCUCGGCAGCACAGGUUUAACGAGCGCUGCUGCAUCCGCUGCUGUGCGCCCUUCACCUUCCUGCUCAACCCCAAGCGGCCCUGCCUGGACUGCCAGUACAACGUGUGCAAGUGCUGCUGCACCUACAGCCGGAGGGACAAAGCCUGGCUCUGCUCCGCCUGCCAGAAGAGCAGGCUGCUGAAGACCCAGUCCCUGGAGUGGUACUAUAAUAAUGUGCGUCGACGCUUCAAGAGGUUCGGGAGUGCCAAGGUGCUGAAGACGCUGUACAGGAAGCAUGCAGCAGAGCAAGGAAACCUGACAGAACUAACAGAGGAGAGCACAUACGCGGAGAGCACUGGCAAUGAGGGCAGUGUGUGUGACAGUGACUCAGCCUUCUACAAGCAGAUCGAAGAGCACAACAUGGCGGACACGAUCACUGUGGCGCUGCGGGUUGCAGAGGAGGCCAUAGACGAGGCCAUCACCAAGGCCGAGACGUACACGGACAGCCAAGAGAAACAGAGGGAGGCCCAGUACCUGCGUGAGAACCGAGAGGAGCUGAUCGAGGAACUGGCCACCACCAUUGUACAUAAAAUUAUCCGCAGGAGAAGAGAUCUCUCCGACAUGCAGCCGGAUUAUAAUCUGGAUUGGCCUCUUGAUGAGGACGGCGAGCUGCUGACGACCGUGCCGAGGCCCACAGCACCCUCAUCACCUCCACUAGCCUCAAGUCCUCCCUCUGGGGGACCAGUCAUAGGGGUCAGAGGUCAGACGCCUCAGAGCGGGAGGCUAAGCGGUCGUGGCUGCUGGCUCGUGGUGCUUAGCGGCAGCGUCGGGCGUCUGGAUCGGUCUCGUUCGGCCUUCUCCCUCCUCACUGACGGAACCGCAGACGCGUACCAGCAGGUGCAGAACAAAGAGGACGUCCCGGCUCAGCCGCCCCUCCACGGCCUGAAGAAGGAGGGCCUCCCCAUCCUGCCCACCUGGAAGAGUGUCGACCGGCUGGACAACUCUAUGCUGCAGAGUCCAGACGGGAACUGGAUCGCCCUGCAGAGCACACUGCUGUCGCGGCCCAGCCUGCUGGCCAAGCGCAAGAGCCUGGUGUUCAGCGUGCUGGAGAAGGAGUCCGGCGUCGUCUCCGCCUACGACGAGAUGGGCUCCGACACCGAGGUCGAGCCCGAGGGAGCCUUUGGCGCCGCCCUGCUGGAGUUCCGCCGCAAGAUGAAGUCGCGAGGGAGCGAUGUCGGCGUUGGCGACGGUGAUGGAGAUGGUGCGGAUGGUGCGGAUGGUGAUGGUGGAGGUAGCGCCGACCCUGACACGGCAGACUCGGACCUGGACGGCGCGCCGGUCAAGAAGGGCCUGGACGGCGCCAGGCUGCGCUACCACAAGCCCCUGCUGUCGCUGCUGAAGAAGAAGAAGGCGUCCGAGCGCCGGCGCACACCGCCCCGCAGGCCCAGCAUCAUCGACAUGAACUUUAAUCCCGAGGCGGCCGACAGCAGCGAGGCGGACGAGGCACAGGCCGAGACGCCCACACGCACUCGGCGACGGAGGAGGAGCCGGAGGGAACAUCUGGACGACAGCAACCAGCUGGAGCCGUACUCCUCCUCCGUGCCGGUGAGAGAGCCGCCGGCUCCAUACUCGGAGUGCAGCACCCUGGCCCUGGAUGACCUGGUGAGGAUGCGUAACAUGAUGAUGCAACAGGAGACCCCCGUCCUCCUCACCCCCGAGGACGACCUCACGUCGGACACGGCCACGCCGGACAUCCUGAGCUCUGGUAAACCAGGGGAAGAGGAGAGGGAGGGCUUAAACAUGGCCACCGUGAGCGGCAAAGUACCCGAGGACGCCGGCGCCAGAGGGCUCCGCGAAGAGAGCUCGUCGUCUGACCCGAAUCCGUACCCAUCUCCGGACGACGUUAACAAAGAUAGGUAUGGCCUUGAACUAGCGCACAACCUGCACUUAAUCUCCAAUCUGAUGCAGCAGAAGUACUCGGCUGCGUCGCUGCGCAGCGUCACCACGGAGAUGCUGCGAGUCCUGAACGCCACAGAGGACCUGAUCCAGGGGGCAGAGGGCAGCAUCGAGGAGCCAGUGAGGUCAGACAGGCGGACCUCAGCCAGCAUCUCCCCUGGCCAGAGCAGGAAACUGGACGAGCAGCUCAGCAAGCUGGAGGAGAAUGUGUAUGUGGCUGCAAGUACGGCAUAUGGCCUAGAGGGGGAGCUAAGUGAUCUGGAAGCGUGUGCACGCCGCAUCGGCCAGAGCACCAACGAGAGAGAGCUGGCCCACCUGGAGGACCAGGUGGCAUCGGCCGCAGCCCAGGUGCAGCAGUCUGAGCUCCAGGUCACUGACAUUGCUGCAAGAAUUGCAGCCUUGAAAACAGCAGGUCUGAAUGUUGCGCCGCAAACCCGCUUGUUCAAGCCUUUGAAGCCAACCAAGACACAAACCAUAGACACAUCAAGACAACAGAGGAGAAGACUGCCUGCACCUCCCACAAAGGAGAAAGAGACUACUGACAUUUGAAGCUGUCUGAAAUAUCCAGCUCGUCGACACAUUCUACCCAAAGUUCAAGACUGUCUGCACUCCUGUGCCUUGAAGCAGUGAAGCACUGGACAGAGGAGAGGAGUGAUAACUUUGCCAGACUGUUUCAUCUCGCCAGUGCAAUCUUUAACAAAUACUCUUCGCCUUAAAUCAAUAGCCAGGAUGUCAAUGACACUUGAACAGCUACUGGCAGCAUUGUAGACCAGUAACAUUGUGGACAGGUAAGAGCAGUUUGAAUAAGAAGAAGAUAAAGAAAAUGAAGAUGUUUUGUAUAGAAUGUUUAUAAUGUGCAGUUUUCUUUUUCAGAAAUAUAUUUUUAUUUCAGUGCAAUUUUAUUUACACCGUCUGAUAUUGCUGUGAUACUCUUUGAGUCCCAAGAUUAAACCUCUGAAUGAACCAACACUCAUGUCAGCCCAAGAAAAUGCAUCAGGUUUCUGUGAUUUAUCUGUAUGUGAUUUAUGAUCUGAGAAAAUAAGGUAAUCCUCUCUCUCUUGAUAUUGACUGAUGGUAAACAUCAUCUGAUGGUAAACAUUAAAUAGAUAUUUCAGAGCGUAUUUGUCAGUGUAUGUAAAUGCUGUGUGUUCAUGUAAAAAAACAAGUGUGAGUCCUCACUGUAGCUCUGAAUCAUUUUUUCCAGAGCUCACAGUUCUCUGAUUCUGAUCCUAGGUUACUACCCGUGAAGGUGAAAUGAUACUGCAAAGACUAAUUUAUUGUGACUGUAAGAUAAUAGAACUGAAUAAAUGUUGCAUUAUUUAAUAUUG